AUGGCGCUGUCGGAGACAGUGAGAGCGAGGAAAGUGUUUGUUCAUCCUGUAGUGUUAUUUUCGAUCGUGGAUGGCUUCGAAAGACGCUCGGAAGACGCAAAAAGAGUCAUAGGAACACUUCUUGGAACUAUUGACAAGUCUUCAGUCGAGAUUCGAAGCUCUUUUGGCGUUCCACACAAUGAAUCCGAAGACGAAGUAAGCCUUCAGACAACUUAAUUGCCUUGUUUUGUGCUGUUCCCUUUUUUUUAAUUUCACAAUCUAUCUCCUGUACAUUCUUCUGAUGGAUAGGUACGCUGUGAGGUAUCUGUCAUUAAGAUCUGUUCUAUGUUAAAUUGAUUUGAAUUUAGGCGAUCACACAUGUAAAUAAAUUAAACUUUAGCCCUAUUUUCAUGACAGCAUUUAUGUUGCCGGCGAAUUUUCUCUAAGUUUCCGGCUUAAAUUUACUCCAGUUUGAGUAAUUUUAGCAUAUUUAUUCGAUGUGUAAGGGUGGCAGUAAAAUGAUAAAUUUUCAUCCAAAUCAAUAUGUCAGUUCAGAUGUUAUUUGCAAAACGCUUAAUUUUCAAGGAAAAAGCAUUGUAUCAUUGCAUUACAGGACGAUUACGCGAAAUAAUUGUAUUAUAUAUACCGUAUCGUGAUUACAUUUCUGUGGGUAUGUCGGCUGUUCCAUAUAUUCCUUGUUUUCCCUCUUUUUACACUUCCUUUUGAAAGACCUAAUUCAUCUUAAUUCUGUGCAUUCUCUCUUUAGAUUACUGGUAAUUUUAGCACUGAGUAGUUGGUUUUAAAUCAAAUAGUAUUCCUUGUUCGAUCAUUUUCUCUAUCUUGUCACCUUUAUGCUUAAAAAUGUUUUAAUGUUAUGAGAAUACCUUCGGUGAGCUCCGGGGGCAAUGAAAUUUUGAGCUAACAUUUUGAGCAUUAGCUCUUUCUCCAGAGGGAAUGCUGACCUCUCAAGGCGUUAGCCGUUCACCUGAAGGCUAACACUCAAAACGUCAGCUUUAAAACUCUUUACGGCGGCCGAUUUAUGUUAUCAACUCAGUUGAUAAUGCUAAAUUACCCUUUUAUACUCUCCCAUUGCUGCAAGCACCACAGUUUCUUCAGAAACUUACUUCCUUCUAUUCAGUGAAAUUUAGAGGCUAGUUUGAAGAUGGGUGAAUUCAUUAAUAAUAUUUAUUGAGCCUGAUGUGUUGAAACAACUCUGAAGUUGUGGUUACAGACCUACUCGUUGUUUUUCAAAUACAUGUAUCCUCUCAUUCCACCCAGGAGUGUAAAUAGGUACUAGAGGGACAUUGGGAAUUUUGGUUUUGCAGUUUAGGUUAUUUUGUAGAUAUGUUUUUGUUUUUGGCCAAAAAACUUUGGUUUUCUGUUUUUGGUGUCUGUUAUGGUUUGUAGCUUUUCUGUUUUUUAGCAUUUGUUCUUCUGUUUUUGUCAAAAACACAAUCAGGUUUUUGGGAUUUGGUAACCAAUGUGGUUCUCAGUUUUUCCUAUUUGGGUUUCAGUUUUUCUUCCAUCUAAGGGGCAAUUAUGUGCCUCAAGUGAUCAUGAAUAGCCAUAAAAUGCAAAUGUUAUCAAGAAGAAUGUGUGACAAACCAAAUGUCACCAAAUAACUUCUUGUAGGUGAAAUAUCAUGGUGAUAGAUACAACAGUAUCUCCCCCACCUCCUACCCUUUUAUGAAUUACCAAUGAGGAGGGAGAGAGGGUAACCUGUAUGGAUCUGCAUGAUACUCCAUGUUGCUCCAUGUUAGAGAUAGGGAAAUAAGCUUCUGCAAAACAGACUGCUAAACUUAAAUGCUGACUUAACCUUCUUAUUGAUUUGAUGAAAUGGAUUUAGGAUCUGUGACUCUUACUUUAUUUCAGGUCGCCAUUGAACUAGAGUAUGCUAAAAGUAUGUUUGAUCUACACAAAAAAUCACACCCAAAUGAUGAAAUUGUAGGCUGGUGAGUACAUGUGCUGCUUAUGAUAUCCUCUAGAUUAUUCACGUGGUGUCACAGAUUGGAGAAUUCUCCACUUGAUUGUAGAAUUCUUAGGCUAAAUGUCAAUCACUUGAGGGUUUUUUCUUAACUUGAAAAGUUUUUUCUUUCUUUUCCUGUUGAUUAACAAUUUUUACUUUUACUUUUUUUUUAACAAUUUGAACAUGUUCUACAGUUUUUGAAGUUGAUUACAAAAUGUAUGGUGAGUUAAAGGUGUGGUUUGAGAGAAAUUUUGGUCAAAAUGUGUCUUGCAGUAGACAUAGAACUUCUUGCCAAGGACAUUGAAAAGAGAUACACUGUGGUUAAUGCAAAAUUCUGGAAACAUUGACAUCUACAAGUAUCAUGAAAAAGCAUGAAAGCCUGCUGUAACCACAGUGGAUCUAUGAGGAAACAAUAUUACUUGUCUGAAUAAUGAUGUCAACAACACAACAAGGGAAUCCUAAAUUAGAGUACAUUGACUAUUACAUAAUCACAUAAAAAGCAUUAUUGUUUAUGAUCAAAUUUGAAAGAGGGAAGAUGACUGUAAGUGGAAGAAUUAGAUGUAGAGAGGAUUUUUAUAGCUAAAGAGACUUUUCUUUAGGAAAGAUCUCAGUUAUGUCAAAUGAACAUGCAAAAUGCACCAAUAGAAGCUGACCAUAUAGCUGCACAAAUGUGAUAUAUACAUUUAUAUAAUUAUUCAACCUCAUAACCUGGCAAAGAUUGGCAGUGUUAACUCUUUUACUCCCAAGAUCUCAAUCAGUGUUAUUCUCCUUACUGUCUGCCAUACAAUUCUUGUGAUGUUAAUUUUGAGAAUUUGGUAUUGGAUCAACUAACAAUCCUCUAACUGAUAUUUUUCGUACUUAUCUGCUUGAUACUGUAUUGUUACUGUAAGGAGAAAUUCUGUCUUGGUCACGUAGGGGAAUUAAACGGUUAAAGGCAGUUGAAAUGUUACAAAUCUCAAUCGAUAGUUUCACUCUGCAAAUCAGUAGUGAUUCUAAGGGGCAAGACUAAUGAUAUAACUUUCUUUAACAGAUAUAACAAUUAUGGAUGAAGAGAUUUCUUGCAAUGCUUCAUUUAAAAUUUGUGUUUUGGAUUGUUUCUAGGUAUGCUACAGGCUCAGAUGUCACAGAACAUUCUUUGCUCAUUCAUGAAUACUAUUCACGAGAGGCAACCAAUCCAGUGCAUGUUACAGUGGACACUACACUUAAAGGUUCUCGCAUGGGAAUAAGAGCUUAUCAGAGGUGGGUCGCUUUAGAUACUACUCGUGCCAGGUCUGUUAAGUUUUGUAUCAGUGUUUUGGGAAUUAUUUUACUUCUGAUUACUCUGGUUGUAUCAACAUUGGUACUAAGUCUAAUAGUGAUCAUGGAAAACAAGCCAGGAAAACUUGUUCUCUAGGCCUGUCUACUUUUGGUUUGGGAUGGUGUGAGGUGUCUUAUUUAUUUAUUUUGUGUAUUUCUGCUUGAUAAUAGGUAAUAGAUUAUUAGGAAAAAUAGUAUGAGCUUGGAAUUUCAAUUGAGCUCACAUUUAUUAUUACUUAAAACUUUCAAAGUAUAACCUGAAUCAUGAAAAACAUUUGCAUUUAUGCAAUUUCCCAUAUGUAUGCUUUAAUCAUAAUGAUGACAAUGAUGAAAGCAUCACAAAGAUAAUACUUUUUGGCCAGCAAAGCACAGUGUGGUCACUGGUCUGGCUGGCCUGAUCAGACUUACCAUAAUUGGCCAUACACUUUUUUUUUUUUUUAUGUGCCCAUAUUUGAUCUGAGUAUGUUUUUUUACAGCUGUAAGAUGGGAGUUCCUGGAAAGACAGAGGGAACCAUUUUCUCACCCAUCCCUUGUGAGGUUAUACUUACUGGGCCUGAGAGAGUGGGAGGUAAGAUUUUGCAAACUUCAUGUAAAGUAGUUACAUGUAUCCAUAUUCCAAACAAACAUUAAUUGAUGAUUGUAAAUAGAAUAAGAGAAAUGGUUAGUUUUGAGCUUGGUAAAAAUGACACAGUCCUAUCAUUGCUUAUCCUAGCAGUGUGCAGGAUUCAUAUCAUAUGAAGUUUGUAAUAAACCUAGCUCACCGUAGAGUCUCUGUGGCUCAGUGGUAGAGCAUCAGAGCAUGGAAUCCAAAGGUCUGAGGUUCAAUUCCUCAUGGGAACUCAGAAUUUUUUCUUUGUCUCACACUCAUGACAAGACUGAAAAAACAUCUUUCUCUAUUAAUUAAUGAUAUUUGCUUGAAAAAAUAUUGAACAAGAAGUUUCAGGAGCUGUUAAGGAUCUUGGAAACUGAUGUCAAUUGUUUACAGGGCAUGAAAUUAAUUUUUUUUUUCAAAUAGCCACUUGGCUCCUAAAUUCAAAGUGGUAGCCAAUUCAAAAAAAAGUUGGUCACCAUCUUCAAAGACAAACAAAACCUUUUUUAUGCUGUCAGCGUUCUAGAAAGACCCUUCAAAAUUAAGUUAGGGAAAAGAUCUUUAACAUGCUGCAAAGUGGACACUAGGAUGGAAGAUAUACAAUGUUCAGGCUCACCUAGAUCCAAGAUGGCCUCUAUGUAUCAAUAUAGAUGCAAAAAUUUAGUCACAUUGGCACCUGUAUUAAGCACAAUUUCACACCCUGGUUUAUUACCAGGGCCUUAUAAAAAUACUUUGGCCUAUGCUCAAUUCUGAAUGCACUUUAAACAGUCAUUAUAUUUUCCAUAAUGAUAACAAGAUUAGGUUAAUCACUGACAGCCAAGUAAGGAAUGUACUGUGUAAAGCUGUACUGUAAAUGUGUUUUAUUAUCGUCAUCAUGGUCAUAUACAUUGUAGCAAUGAUGUUGAUGACAAUGAUGACAAUUGUGUGGAAGUGGGUACUGUAUGAUUGUCAAUUCUCCCCUCUAGCUGCUACACAUUUUCUUGUAACUCAGUUAGGAGUAUUUGAUGUUAGAUCAGGACAACAACCUCUACGAGAUGUUUUAGUAUUUUUAUUACCUGUUUGCUGGAUAAUGUAAGAAUCAUUACAGGGAGAAGUUGUUAACCCUUUAACUCCCAUUAGUAACCAAGACAGAAUUUCUCCUUACAAUAUCAGUACAAUAUCAACCAGAUAAGUGAUGAGAAUAAAGAAAAAGAUCAAUUUGGGGAUAAUUCAUUGAUCCAAUACUUAUUAAUUCUCAGAACUAACAUCAUAAGAAUUGUAUGGUUGACAGCAGGGAGAAUUACAAAUUUGAUCUGGAAGUGAAAGGGUUAAUCACUUCUGGGAGUUAAAGGGUUAUUAAUUCAACUUUCCUUUUGUUUUUAAAUUUGCAGUGAACUGGCUCCAGAGAACAAAAAAUGCAGCCAAACAGAGUAUUAGUCCACUAACAGACAUGCAACAUGUUAACAGGUCAGUGGAACAGUCAGUAAUCCUAAGGAUACAGUGUGCUGUACUACUUCAAUGUUAUUUUAAUAGUCUGUAUUAUAUAAUUUGUGGUAAAUAUAAAUUUCCAUGGCAUGAGGAUCACUCAUACUUCACAUUCGCCCUCUUAGAUUGUGAUUGUUUCGAUGUGGGUCUCUCGCACAAAACCUACCCACAGAUCUGUUAUGAAAUAGGUUGUGGUUUGUUAUUGGGAUAAAAAGCACUUUCAAAAGAGAAUUAUAAUUGUUUGUUUCACAUUGUGGUCAUUGCAGAUGUCCAAUCUGGUCUGGAAAUAAGCCAUGACUCCCAUCUUAAGUCUUUGUUACCUAGUGUGUUUAAUUUAGUUUAAGCCUUGAUUGUCUCAAUUUAAUAUACAUUUAGUCAAAAUCAAUGUUUUUUCCUUUGAAAGAUUGGUUGCUUUUGUGUAAGUGAUCUUAGUAAUGGUAUGGACUCUGUAACAAAUAUGCGUUACUUUACAAAAGCGCAUCUUUCACAGUAUCUAAAGCAGUGCUGUCUGUCUCAGAAGCCUUGAGAAAUGCCCUUGUAGUUACCAGGAGCUUUACCAACCCUCUUAGACACCUUUCCAUGAUGCUCAGGCUUUACAUUCCCAAUAAUAUACAUGAAAAAAUUAUGUGGGUCUGAUUGGCUGAAAAGGAGUGCAUUUUUUAUAUAGCACAAGUGCAAAGUUGUAAUGCACAAUGCUCAGGCUUUACAUUCUCAAUAAUGCACAUGAAAAAAUUAUGUGGGUCUGAUUGGCUGAAAACGAGUGCAUUUUUUAUAUAGCACAAGUGCAAAGUUGUAAUGCAAAUUACAAAUAGCACACAUUCUGCAAAAAUUUUGUCCGUCUUGACUUUCUGUAAUGUGUUUUUCAUGCAAAUUAUUAACAAGUGAAUGUUGUGAAUUUUUCAUAGACUAUGAAUUGUACUUGCUCUUUGGGCUUGUUCAAUAUUUUUGUCCUUGAAAAUUUAAUUGUGCUUGUUAACACUACAUUACAGGCAAUAUUUUGUUGUUACCUAUACUUAUAGGGUUAAAUAACUGUCAGAGAAGGAAGUUCCUCUUUCCCCUCCCAAAAAAAAAGGAAGGAAGAAAUGCAUUUAAAUGUAUUUUACAAUUUUUAUUUUAUCCCUUCUUACUUUCAGUCAUUUAUUUCCAAUGAAUGGGACUUUUUUCAGAAUAAUAUUGUACCAUAUCCCUUUCCACAGCACUCUCUCUAGGGGGUUAAGUUGACUAUAAUGCAAUUUUCAGUGUUUGAGUUAUCAAUAUUCUGUUUUUCUAGUGCUAGUGAAAGGCUUUUAGAAAUGCUUGGUACCGUGGUGGCUUAUGUGGAUGAUGUUUUGGUGAGUCUUUUUGGGUUUUUGUUUUUGUUGUUGUGAGGAUAUCAGUGAGGCCUUAGCGACAUUUUCGCUUUUUCGACUCCAAGCAAAAUACCGUUACAAGUCUUAAAGAAAUCACAACGUAUUUUUCGUCAACUGCAUUCCUGGGCCCAGGUUUUGUUUGAAUGAUUAGCACUAACCCAGGGUCAAAUUUUAAUUUGAGUUUCUCUAUUCCUUUGUUCGAAAGCCUUUCUCGUUUAAUUCUCUAUUAUUUGAAGGGCAUCCAAUGAUUAAAUUAUUGCCGAAAAUAAUUCUCUUUUAAUGCUUUCAGAUCUUAAAUCAGAUUUCACACUAAUCCUGGGUUAUCUUAACCUAGCUUUGAACAACCUGGCCCAGCCAACGAAAAUAUCUCCAUGCCAAUUUUAUGCUAGGCAACAUAGGGACUGUAUCCCGAUUUUUUAAGGGGGCUUACUGCACCUCCCCGCCUUCCCCCCUUCCUUCCCUGAUUUUUAUUAAGGGGGCCUACUGCAACCCUCUCCUCCCUCCCUUAUCCCUAGCCUCUACCGAUGGAAAAAAAGACCACACCUAGAGAGAGUUCAAAAUCUGUUUUGCUUUCGAAAUGUUGGUUUUGGACAGUGUUAUCGCCAUUAGAAAGUUGUGCUUUCACAGCAAAGUAACACGUGCGCUUUUUUUUCUUUUUUCGGAAAAGGCUGGAAAAGUCGCGGGUAACAACAGUGUAGGCAGAGAGCUGAUGGAUCUCGUUACUUCAGUUCCUCGAAUGUCAAAAGAAGACUUUGAAUCUAUCCUGAACAGUAACAUGCAGGUAAUGAUAUAUUAACUUUACAGUGCCUGUGGAUGUAUCAUUUAUGUGACCAAAGUAAUGGAAAGGGUCUUCUUAAGGCUGUUCCUUAACCGCCAGAGUGACUAGAAUUAAUUUCUCCACACCAAUAUUACCCCUGAAUCACACAUUAAUGUUGUGAGAAUAAAGGAAAUGAUCACCUAGUAAAGAAGGUCUUGAUUUUUCGACAAAUUCUCCUUAUCAGCAGCUUUAAGGAAACGUAAAGAGAACAGUAUAGAGAAUAUGCACACUUAUGUUAAGGUGUAAUGAAUUAAGUGGUGCUCCAGAUUUGUACUGUAAUAGCUACACUGCGCUAAAUUUCAUGUGAGCUUGCAAUCAGAAUGUUCAUCCUCUAUGGAACUGCAGCGUCCAUGCUCAUGACGCUUCGGUCGGUCUCUAGCAUUGUUCUGACUUACAGGAUGCAAUCUCAUUUCCCAACCAGCCAACCCAAACAUUAGCCCCUUUAUAUACUAUUUUGCUUGUAUUUUUCCUCUUUAACUGUACUUGUUAAACAAGACUGCUCUUACAGUAUACCAGUUUGCAAGACCUCAAAGAUGUACAAGCAACAUUUAAAUUAUUAAAUUUCAGCAUCCUGUUCUAUUCAAUUUUGACUUAUUUUUUUUGUCAUUUUUACUGCAGGACUUGCUGAUGAUUGUGUACCUGUCAGGCCUUUGCAAGGCUCAGAUCUCACUUGGAGAGAAGCUGGCCACUGUUAUAUAGUAUUUCGGAUUUUAGUGCGCAAAUAAAUUAUAGAAUUAAACCUCC